AUGGGUAGAACACGUAAGACAUCCGGAGCAGAUAAGAAGAAUGAGAACAACGGUAUAUUAAGCGAAAGUUUGACAUCAACGCCGGUACCUGAUACUACCACUAUGUUAUCCACAAUUAAUCCAACUAAUAUAACUGAACAAGACAUAUUGUCAGCACAGAAUAAUAAUGAUUUAAUGAAAAUAAUUCAUGCAUUAACCAACACAAAGCAAGAUGAAAUAUUCACGAACUAUAAGAAGAAAACAGAACUUCAAUUACAACAAAAGAACCUGUUGAUCAAUGACAUGCAACAAGAGUUGAAUAACAAACAAAAAAUAAUUGACAAGUUGUUAGAAGAGAAGCCAGGGAACGAUCUGUUACAGACUCCGAUGAAAAAACCCAGAAGCAACACACAAAACAUGUAUGUAUCGCCAAUCAGAAGGAAAAAAACAUCCAAGCAAGAGCAGGAGGUAAUAAACCAGGAUCAAUUAUCGAAGGAAUUAGAAACAAUAGGCAUAACGUUAGACAUGUUGGAGUUAUUGACUGGGUUAAGAAUAAUUAACUACGAGGAGGAUGAUUCGAAGUUCCAUUUUGAUCUCAAGCAAACGUCGACAAAUGGAAGUGGAACAGAGUUAACCAUUGAUUAUAGAUUAAUUAUCUCCAAAGAAUUUACAUCAACUGCAGAAAUCAACUACGUACCUACUUUUUUGAAUGAAUUGGGAGACAACGAUAGCGAAACCGAUGACAUAGACGUGGAUGAUGAGAUCCUUGAUGCCAAACAUAAUGCAAAAAUGUUAUUGGACUUGUUGCCAGAUUACUUCUGCGACAAUUUAACAUUUCCCUACAAUACGCUUUCCCAGUUCUACACCAAAAUGAACAGGGCCUUGAACAAAGGGGCCAAAAGCUAA